AUGCUGCCACAUCCCACCCCCCUUGGAGGCUGGACAAAGAGGUGCAACUACCAGCACCAGAGUGGAGGAGUGCGCAGCUGCUCCGACCUGGGAGGGGCGGGGCGACGGGCGACUAUUGGGACCCGAACGGAGAGAGUACAGCUGCUAGGACCUAGCAGGAGGAGCGCGCAGCUGCCAGGACCUGGCUGGAAGAACGCGCAGCUGCCAGGACCUGGACGUCAGAGCGCACGGCAACCCGAACCCCGCCCCGCGCGCGCGUGCCCGGCGUUGGCGCAGUCCGGGUCCGAGUCGUCGGCUGAGGCUUGUCCAUCUCGCUCUCCGGCCGAUUCCCGGCCUUUUUGCGCCCUCUCCGCCUGCGCCCCGUUGGCGCCGCCGCCCGUAGCCCUGGCGCUCCCCGCGGGCCCCGCUGAGGCCGUCUGCGCCUUGUGCCAGCGCGCGCCCCGCGAGCCGGUGCGCGCCGACUGCGGCCACCGUUUCUGCCGGGCGUGCGUGGUGCGCUUCUGGGCCGAGGAGGAUGGGCCCUUCCCGUGCCCCGAGUGUGCCGACGACUGCUGGCAGCGCGCCGUGGAGCCCGGUCGCCCUCCACUCAGCCGCCGCCUCCUGGCCCUCGAGGAGGCAGCCGCGGCGCCGGCACGCGACGGCCCUGCCAGCGAGGCCGCGCUGCAGCUGCUGUGCCGUGCAGACGGAGAUCCGCUAUGCUCCGCCUGCCGCAUGGCCGCGGGUCCGGAGCCGCCCGAGUGGGAGCCGCGCUGGAGGAAGGCGCUGCGCGGCAAGGAGAACAAGGGGUCCGUGGAAAUCAUGAGGAAGGACUUAAAUGAUGCCCGGGACCUGCAUGGUCAGGCAGAAUCAGCGGCUGCUGUGUGGAAGGGGCAUGUUAUGGACCGAAGAAAGAAGGCCCUGACUGACUAUAGGAAGCUUCGGGCCUUCUUUGUGGAAGAGGAGGAGCAUUUUCUGCAGGAGGCUGAGAAAGAUGAGGGUACCUCUGAGGAUGAUGAGCUGGCUGACCCAGCAGACCGCUUCCGGUCCCUCCUGCAGGCUGUGUCAGAGCUGGAGAAGAAGCACCGUAACCUGGGCCUUAGCAUGCUUUUGCAGUGAUGAUGCUUGCACAGCAGGCUGGCACCCUGGAGCAUGAGGCAGAAGGAACCACCUUCCACAGCUGGCCUGCGGCACCCCUACCUACAUCUUUCAGGCCUCUCUGCCUGGUACCACCCUUCAUCCUGGACAGGUCCCAUCUCUGUCAACACUAAGAGCACGGCAGCCCAGAUGAAGUGUCAGAGGUGCCCCGCUUUUGAUCAUCCAUAUAGUUCCAUUUCUCAGCAGUGUUUUUAAUUUUCUUUGGGGCAUGAAUGUGCUCAGGCCUAUACCUGUUCCUAGUAGAGACCAGUCCUGGGAUUUCUUUCCCAGUGUGUCCCAACCCUGCCAGAGACCACUGGAGAGCUCUGAAGGCCCUGCUUCUUGUUUAGCUAUGGCUUAGGGCCUAGUGUGGUGAUGUCACUCUAGUAUCCAGGAACCAAACCUUUGUCAUUGGUGCCCGUGACAGGGUUGACUCACCAGACAUCCCUCAGCAAGGCUCUGGGACAUGCCAGUUAUAGUCAGCUUGUGUUAGUGCCAGGGAAUAGAGAUGCAGGAGGCCCCGAGGUAUGGCUGAGAAAAAGAAAAUGAAGCAUUCUCCACCCUCUGGAGGACUGCUCCUUCCCUUUGGGUCUUGCUGUGCCAGAUCCUGGGAGCUGUCUUCUGCUUUGCUUUCUUAGCCUCUUUCGUCCUGGCUUGUGCCCCUUGGGUGUCGCUGGCAUCCCCAAAGUGCUCCCUACUGUUACCCCCCUCUUGUAGAAGGGACCUUCUUCCUGGCAGAAGAGCAGCAGAGUUGGCAUAUCCAGGCCACCUGGUUCUUUACUUGGCUGUGUUUUUGGCUUUUUCUCACCUCAUAUUUUCUCCAGUAGGUGAAUUUCACAAAACUCGUGGCGUAGCGGUAGCGUGGUUGCCUGCAGCAUUGUGUGUGUAGAUAUCUAGUCCAAGAAACAAAACCCAGCAGAGUGGACAGACACAGGCCAGGGGCCAAAGACACAGACCUAUGUAGGUUCGGGGGUAGCAGCCCUCUAUCCCCAGAGGCCCUGGCCUGGGGUGUAGUGACUGGCUCUAGCUUGACUUCCAGGGGGGCUGGGUUCUCAGUGCUGAAUAAAGUGGUUUGCUCCAGC